UCAUUCAAGCUUAUUGCUCUGUACUAGACUUAUUGUUUUGCAAGCAUAGAUAGUAACUAGUAUCCUAACACUGGAAUAGCUGCAGUUGGAAUGAAUUCAUCAAUAGUAAUUGCCUGUGUCGCCGUUUUGGUGGCCAGCAUUAACGCCGCUAGUGUGCAGCCAGCCGUAAGAACGAUCAACAAUGAACUCUAUCGACGUUAUGUGUGCGCUCAUAAGCCCGAUGGAUUCCGCGCCUUGGUUCCCGGCAGUUGCUCCCAGUACUACGAGUGUCAGUCAGGAGUGGCCCUCGUAAGCACCUGCUCACGCUUCUUCGACGCUAAAGUCCAGGGAUGUGUCAACUACAAUACUGGCUGCAUCGAAGUUCAGCCUGCUUCAGCCGGCAAGGCAACUGUUGGAGGCUCUGUCGUGCCUUGUAAUGAGGAAACAACCACUGUGUGCGCCCCAACAGCUCCUACUACACCAUGUGUCACAGAAACUACUCCGACAACACCCUGUGUUACUGAGCCAACUACUGUCCCCACUACACCCUGUGUAACUGAGCCAACUAAAGCACCCACUACACCCUGUGCAACUCAGCCAUCUACUGCCCCCACAACACCCUGUGUAACUGAGCCAUCUACUGCCCCAACGACACCCUGUGUAACUGAGCCAACAAAAGCACCCACUACACCCUGUGUAACUGAGCCAACUACAGCACCCACUACACCCUGUGUUACUGAGCCAUCUACUGCCCCAACGACACCCUGUGUAACUGCCCCCACUACACCCUGUGUUACUGAGCCAUCUACUGCCCCAACAACACCCUGUGCAACUGAGCCAUCUACUGCCCCAACUACACCAUGUGCAACUGAGCCAUCUACUGCCCCCACUACACCCUGUGUUACUGAGCCAUCUACUGCCCCAACAACACCCUGUGCAACUGAGCCAUCUACUGCCCCAACUACACCAUGUGCAACUGAGCCAUCUACUGCCCCCACUACACCCUGUGUUACUGAGCCAUCUACUGCCCCAACAACACCCUGUGCAACUGAGCCAUCUACUGCCCCAACUACACCAUGUGCAACUGAGCCAUCUACUGCCCCCACUACACCCUGUGUUACUGAGCCAUCUACUGCCCCAACUACACCAUGUGCAACUGAGCCAUCUACUGCCCCCACUACACCCUGUGUUACUGAGCCAUCUACUGCCCCAACAACACCCUGUGCAACUGAGCCAUCUACUGCCCCAACUACACCAUGUGCAACUGAGCCAUCUACUGCCCCAACUACACCAUGUGCAACUGAGCCAUCUACUGCCCCCACUACACCCUGUGUUACUGAGCCAUCUACUGCCCCAACAACACCCUGUGCAACUGAGCCAUCUACUGCCCCAACUACACCAUGUGCAACUGAGCCAUCUACUGCCCCCACUACACCCUGUGUUACUGAGCCAUCUACUGCCCCAACAACACCCUGUGCAACUGAGCCAUCUACUGCCCCAACUACACCAUGUGCAACUGAGCCAUCUACUGCCCCCACUACACCCUGUGUUACUGAGCCAUCUACUGCCCCAACUACACCAUGUGCAACUGAGCCAUCCACUGCCCCCACUACACCCUGUGUUACUGAGCCAUCUACUGCCCCAACAACACCCUGUGCAACUGAGCCAUCUACUGCCCCAACUACACCAUGUGCAACUGAGCCAUCUACUGCCCCCACUACACCCUGUGUUACUGAGCCAUCUACUGCCCCAACUACACCCUGCGUGACUGAGCCAACAACUGUCUCCACAACACCCUGUGUGCCAGUAAUCACAACACCCUGUGUGCCAGUUACCACAACACCUUGUGUGCCAAUUUCCACACCACCCUGUGUGCCAGUUAGCACAACUCCCUGUGCACCGGAAACCACAACAGUUUGCGCUGAAGAAACUACCACUGCCUGCAGCGGAACCCUCACAGCCUCAAAGGCCAAGCCCGCCUCCGUGAAAGUGAGACCACUAAGACCUGUGCGUCCUGCCGCAUUGCCAACUGAGCAGCUUUCUGUUCCUCAAACCCAUGAGCUUAGCAUUUCCACCUACACAAAGUACGUCUGCCGCAAUAAGCCAGACGGCUUCAUGCUUGCUUCGCUGAAGAGCUGUUCCGACUACUACAUUUGCCGAUAUGGAAAACCUCUGUUGGUUAGUUGCGGCGAUAAAUACUUCAACGGCCUUAAGGGAAUUUGCGAUCUACCAGAAAAUACGCGAUGCGUGCAGCCCCAAGCCUAAGAACGCAUGAUGGCCGCAUAACCUCUGGAACCAUCGCCAAAUAAAGCUCUACCGAACCCACCUUGAUAUUUGUGCCGGUUUCAUCCUUAUGUUUUAUAUUCAAUAUAGACUAAAUAAAAGCAACAGCUAUUACAAGCUAUAAAAAAUAA